GAGAGGCGGGGCGGUGUUCAGAGGCUAUGCAAACAGCGAAACUACGGAAGCGGUGAGAUUAGAGACACGAAAAAAAGAGGGUGGAGAGAUGUGUGAGACUGCACUGUGAACGAUACUGCAGGUACAGUCGGACGCAGGUUACGUAGCCGCACCGGGCCGCGGCAAGAAGCCCCCAACUCUCACCUCCCUUCCUCGUAGCUCCGGCAAUGGCAAUGUCUGGCGGAGGAGAGGUAAGGUACGUCCGCAAAGAGACCGGGCAAGAGAGCCCGAAGAUGCCGGCCUGGAAGCGAGAGAUCUUGGAAAGGAGGAAGGCGAAAAGCGGAGUAGCUACGGCGGAGAAUGGGGCGAGUGGGAGUCCGAAACGAAGCAACGUGGAACAAACGAUUAACGGUGGCAACGUUCGAGACGACGCACACACCUCACGGAACUAUUCCAUCACGUCGGCAAGCCAACACUUCGCCAACAACAAAGAGGCAACAUCGGUGGCCGCGGAGGGGACGACGAGGGUUCCUUUGGACGGACAGGAGAGCUUGGUGCUCCAGGAAAGUCUGGGACCGUUGGAGGAGAAUCCAUUCAUCAAGCUUGAAAAGGAGCGAAGGAGGAGACAGGACCGGGAUAACUCUACUCGUCCUAUCCAACACAUUUUAGAGCUGUACGGUAAUGUUCCCGGUAUACGGACUAUCAGAGCAGACAAUAUUCUGAUAAUCGAGUCGGAUCCCGAUUACGUUCAAGACGGCGAAGAAGUCAAAAGUCCUAUUUGGCAACAAAACGGUUAUAGCUCUGUGAAUGAUCUCUUGGACAGGAGAGGGAACGCUGUAACUGAGAUAAGAGCCAAGGAAGUGGUCAUUUAUGACACCACGUUAAGCAAAAGUGAGGAAAAUCUGAGCACCAUCGGUCGUCCAAACCACAAAGACACAUCUUAUGAGGCAAGUGAAGGUCAAGGGAUGGUAAGCCGAAUCCUGCAAAAGUUUGACUCCAACUAUGGGAAGCUGCAUAAAAAGUCCCACAGCACUGAGAACCUGCUGGAUCUAGAUGGAAGUGCCAGCAGAAGGCAAAGAACCUGGGCCCCACCCCAGAUGGAUUUUUUGCCAAAGCCCAGAACUGACUGGGUCAAGAACCUGGGCCACAAGCAGGCACCAUCAUCUGUCUUCCAGAGUUCUCCUAGACAGAAACCACAUUCUGCCGUACUUGAAACGGGCAGCCCUCAGCACACAAUUGAAUCCUCUAAACCAGUAGCCUCCGUCCGCCAUCGUUUUGAGGAGAAUAAAGACCGAGGGACAACUGUCACGCCAAGAGAUGAACCAGACAGGGCGCACGAGUUAACCCCUGAGGUGCCCCUCAACUCUAAGGUGCCAUCAUUAACGCAAAGUCCUAACGCCCGUACCGAGUCCCUCUCAUCCAAAAUGUUGCACACGUCACCCGACUUUGAGAUCCGGCCUUCUCCUAAACCCGACCUCUCUCAAAUUCCUGACAGAGAUAUUCAGGCACGGGCCCUGGCAAAUCUUCGCCUACAAUCCAAAAACUCCUUCACUGUAAUUCCCAAGCGACAUAUUACAUCUUCACUUGAAAGCGGCCAUACGGCACCGCCCAGUCCGGCUAAAACGUCCCCUUCUCACAAAGUGGCAGAGCACCCUGUGUCAGGAUCUACUCACACGUCCACACCUGCCAUACUGCUCCAGAAACUAAAGGAUGUAAAAAAGCAGGAGGAAAAGGAAGCGGUACGGCCGUACAAGUCCCACCUUUUCUCCCCUGUUGCCACAUCUUCUCUGUCUAUGCCCUCAAAGAAUCUGUCUCCAUCUCCCACCACCCUUUCUCCACCUGCCUUGACUUCCCCUCCCUCUUCUCCAGCUCCAUCAUCACCCACUAUCUCUCGAAGUUCCCUCUCACCAGACCCUUCACCGCCCUCCACACCUGGAGUCACUCCUGCCGAUCAUCUCCCUGUAACAAACAUUGAUGACAUCGACGUGGGACCCCCUCAUCGUGUCGCCGGACACAGCCCCAUGGCACCAAGGAGAAAGGUGAACACUUUUACCGUGGUGCCUAAACGACGGGUGGAGCCCGAGGCCAAGCCCAGUUCACCUGAGCCCCAGCAGGAUGCCUCAAGCGACACAUCACCUGGGACCGCACACCCUCAGGCCCCGUACAGUCAGCUGGGCUCGCUGCUCAAGAAACGCUACCCUGCCGUAGAGGAGAUUGAGGUCAUCGGUGGGUACCUUUCCCUGGGGAAAUCUUGCCUCUCCAAGAAGGGCUCCUUGGGCAAAAAGCUCAAGAUCUCCUUCAAUGAGUCAAGUCUCCACAGCACUUACGAGUAUCCAUCAGAAAGCUGCGCGUGGGACAGCGGCGAUGAAGCGGACGAAGACAAACGGGACGGGAAGGUCACUGAAGAAGCACCCAGCAUGGUGGGACGUAUCCACAUCCCUCGACCUAGUUUCACAAACUCCCCCACACACACGAAGAGCAGUAACGACCUCUCUAACUACAUUCCAAAGCACUCAAUGGAUUUCAGCGCUUGGCAGGAAUACAAAAAAGAGGACAGUGUUAAUAAGACGGCAGCCACUUCCAAGCAGACACAAAUGACAGAGGAGGUCAUGCUAACACCAGCAGACAGUUCAUCCUUGUCAGACUACAGUAGCGAGCCCGCUCUCUACUUCUGAUCACUGUGUCUAAUCAGCACUAAAGUAGCACCUCACCCAAUGGGACCGACACCAGACGCCAGUGAGGACUGCCGCACCUGGACCUGAACCACUGCUAACGUUGCCGGGCCCAAGCACACGUGUCCCUGACACCUGCAGGGAGCACAAGCCACGGUACUAUCGCCACAUGAUGAAUAGUUGAGACUUCUCCGGAUCAAACUUCAUUUUGGUUGACAGACCUAAAAAGCAGCUGGACUGUCUUUUCCCCAAAGAUCCUGGGCAGUUGAUCUGUCAAAAACAUCCGAUCCACGAAUUGCUCUUCACCAUCUCUCCAGCACAUCGGUGAUUUUCGUCAAUUCUAGUUUACACUUUCAUCUGGGCGAAAUGGGCCGAACCCCUUAUAGAGCAAAAAGCUGCCAAUUCCCAUAUGAAGGUGACGCCACAGUGUUAGACAGCUCCAGAAACAAAUCUCGGACCUUAAGGUUAUAUCUCCUCGCUUGCAGUAAAACAGUAUCUCUAAUGGUGCCACUCAUAGUUUUGUUUUUGUACAUGCAUGGUUUCAGUUAAAACCACUUAAAGCUUCUAUUUGCCUUUUUUAUUUUGAUUUUGGCAAACCGUAUAGGAGAUACUGGACGGUUUGUAGGAUGGGCAAACUUCCAUACCAUUCUUCACAUUGAGGAGGCCAAGUGUAAACUUAGUCAACAUGCACUCUGGAUCAAGUUUUUGUCAUUCUGUAGCAAAUGCUCAUUUUUUUGAUAAAUGCUUGAAAAAGUGACCUUUGCCAAAAAAUGUCUGUAUUGCCGGCCGAAUGUUUCUGCAGCCUCCUCCUGAGCUUCUUGUGUAUUUAUUGCUUCUCAAUGUUGAAGUUUGCAUGUCUUAGACCUGCUUAUGUACAAUUUUGUAACAUGUUUUCUGUGUAAAGUUGUGAAGAAGCAGGAGGGUGAUUUCAGACUGAUAGGCCUCACCGGACCUCACAUACUCUCACAUUCCACGGGGAAUAGCCGGUCCACUAAAAACGCGUAAAUGAAGGUGAUAUUUGGCUCGUGUGUGAAAAGAUUGAAUGAUUUUGAAUGCACCACCUUUCCAUUUUUUAAAACUCGUAAUGCCAAGUGAAAAAGUGUUGCUGUAAUGGCCGAAGUCUUUCAACCCUGGCCAGUAUUGUUGUAGUUUGAUUGUAACUCCAGAUUAUCAUUAUGAACAUUGAUUUUUGUGCUCAUUCUCACUCAAUGAUAUUUUAUAAAUAUUUCUGUGGUCAUUCAAUGUUAUUGAUAAUAUGCAGUCUUGGAUGUGAAACGUUUUUACUUUUCAUGUCAUGCUUUUCGCUUAGUUUUGCACCACAUGUGAAGGAAUAGCAAGUGACCGAUUAUGCGUAGAGGUCGACCGAUAUGGGAUUUUCAAAUGCUGAUGCUGAUACCGAUAUCAUAGACUUCAUAAUGUAUUGAUGGGGCGCGGGGCCGGCAAAUCGGGGGCCUGCAUUGUUGGUCAAAGCUGAAUCACUGAUAAAGAGCUUUUUUCGUUGGAAAUUCUUGUGAAUAAAUGCUUAAAUCCCUGAAUUCUUUAUUGGUAUGGACGUAAAACAGUCUCGAUUCUUGGUUAAAAGCAAAAAAAAAAAAAUGUGCGGUUAGCAUUUAUUUUACGUAGCUAGCGGCCGCCUAAUGUAAACAGCUUUUCCGGUGAAAAUUAUUGUGAAUAAAUGCUUAAAUCCCUGAAUUCUUUAUAGAUAUGGAUGUAAAACAGUCUCCAUUCUUGUUUAAAAGCGAAAAAUAACCGUGCAGUUAGCAUUUAUUUUACGUAAAUAUGUCGAAGUACAAUGCUAGUCUGUUAGUAAAUGUAGCUAGCGGCCGCCUUAUGAAAACUUUUCCGGUGAAAAUUCUUGUGAAUAAAUGCUUAAAUCCCCGAAUUCUUUAUAGAUAUGGACAUAAAACAGUCUUGUUUCUUUGUUAAAGAGCAAAAAAAAAAAAGGGCAAUUAGCAUUCAUAUUACGUAAUUAUUGAGAACUUUGAUGCCAAUGUGGUAGGGGCUAAUUUCUCCCAUUGAUUCUUUUUCACAACGUUUCAAAAUGCAUGCAUGGUACAAAAAAAUAUAAUAAUUACCUUGAAUCCUUGAAGGCGAGGCACAGUGCAUGACCGAUCUGACCCGUCAAUACCAUUAUGAAGUCUAUACUGAUAUCUAAAACAAUUUCCAGUCUGUUGCUGAUAUCCAAAGCCGAUAUUUGAGGCCUAUAAAUGGCAUCAACUUACAUAUGCAUUAAUGGAAUCCAAGUACAUUGGCAUCAAUAGAAUCUACAUGGCUGUCAAUGGCAUUGAUGUGCAUCGUGCUCAUUGGUGUCUGUGUACAUGGGCAUCAAUGCAAAGUAAGUGGCAUUGGAAAUGAAUGGGGAAUUUGGACUCAAAAGGCUGUCAAUGGUAUCCCGUUAGAAAUGAAUGGGACAGUUUAUGGCAAAUUUUGGGGGAACCAUACGUUUUUUCCCAAUUCUGUACACAACUUUUAUGCCUCUCACCUUCAGGGAGUUUUUGAUGUCCAAAUUAUGUGAUUUGGUCAAGAACUAGGACAAAUUACGUUUCGAUUUUUUUUUUUUUUUUUUUUGUAUCCUCGAAAAUCGGCGUUAAUAAUUUUUUGGGGCCGUUCAAAAAAGUCACCGCAUCGUGCGAAAAUUCCGGUCAUUUCGAUAUUCGAACGGUUCGGGCUGUGUGGCGCGCCAAAGAAACGCCUUUCAAAAAGAAAAGGAAUUUUACUAUAUGGGCCUUUGCAAUGCAAAGCCCUAUAUAAUAAUUAAACCCACCAGGACGUCACAAGAUGUAAACAAGUGAGUGUGAGAGUUUAAGAGAAUGCUCGCCAUGCUAAAGCUAAUGCUAACGCUACGAGUUUUAAAGCAGUGGUUCUUACAUUUGCUAACGGUACCGAACCCCACGCGGAUUUUAAUUACGAAGGGUUUUUUUUUUUUUUUCCCUCCAAAAACCGAUGUAGCAAUGCUAGCAAGCAAAUUCCUGUUGAAAUGUAUUCAAAUUUUAAAUUUACUACAAAUACAUUUGGUGUUUUGCAGUCAAUUUUCAUGCUGGAAAAUGAAGUUUUAUGUCUACAUUCUCAUUUUAUGGCCGCAUCCUUGCAUCUCAAACAAUUUUCAUGGCGUAAAAUGUGACGCAAAUGUUUUUUUUUUGUUUUGUUUUUUAUUAUUAUUGUCUGCGCAGUGCACACUGCCUGUAGGUCUGUUAUACUUAACUCAUACCAAGUGUGUGUCGACCUUCCACUAGUCAGAGUAUGAAAAUAGGGCCCUGUAUGCCUUAACCUUCACCGAACCCCUGGGAUUCAAUUGGACCCAUGUUAAGAACCACUGGUUUAGAGUGUAAGGAUCACUACGUACAAUACCUUAAAAAAGGCUAAAGCAACAUUGCAUAUUAGCUCAUGCAAGAUUUAAAAAAAUCUGACAAUAUUUACAAAAUAGGCAAGCCUGAGAGAAGGGUCUGACUGCAGCCCAGAGCCAAGCGGCAGCCGCUACAAACCACGCCUGCUGUUGGUACGGUAGCACAAGGAAUUUGUCCACAUAAAGGGUUUUCCUUAACCUUAAGGAAUUCCUUAACCCAAACUUAACUAGACACAGGGGUGUGUGUAAUUGUCACCUUUGCUAUGUUCAGAAAUCAUUUAAUCUUGUGAAUAAAUCGUUGAAGUUAAUAAAAUUGCUCCCGUUUUUGCAUUAGUGCUUUAUUUCCCUUCUGUCUACUCUCGACAUGUGAAAGGGUUAAAACUGGUUCAGCAAUUUUGGCAUGUGUCAGUAUUAUAGCCUUAAGCCAAAAUAUCAUGGUAUUGCAAUUACAGCUUUAAAAUGUGUUACUUUUGAGAUAUCUAGGAUAAAAAAUAAAUUAACUUUUUUCCCAUUGAAUAGUAUUUUUCAAAGCAUGAGCAAAUUGGAACAUAGGUAUAAUGUUAACUUAAAUAUUAAUAAUAACAAAUAUUCUAAGUAAAAUUAAAAUAAAUGCAGUCCUUUAGGUGAGCCAAAACCCACAGCUUAACAUUAGAACAAAAAUAUUUGAAUUAUAUUCCAUAAAAACCAUGUGUGUAUGACUCGUACCAUGAUUACUUUAUACACACUCUUUCUCAAAACGGUUGACAGAGAGGAAGAAAAAAAGCGUUUUACCACCGCUAGAAACACUAAACCCGCUGGAGUUAACUCGUAGCUGGUGGAAACGUUAAUGACCAUGUUUAUUAACCUUCAACUUUGUAUAAAUAAGGGCUGUCAAAAUCAUCGCGUUAACGAGCGGUAAUUAAUUUUUUAAAUCAAUCACGUUAAAAUAUUUGACGCAAUUAACGCACAUACCCCGCUCAAACAUUUAAAUGACAGCACAGUGCAAUGCCAACUUGUUACUUGUGUUUUUUGGAGUUUUUUGUUGCACUCUGCUGGUGCUUGGGUGCGACUGAUUUUAUGGGCUUAAGCACCCAUGAGCAUUGUGUAAUUAUUGACAUCAACAAUAGCGGGCUACUAGUUCAUAUUUUGAUUGAAAAUUUUACAAAUUUUAUUAAAACGAAAACAUUAAGAGGAGUUUUAAUAUAAAAUUUCUAUAACUUGUACUAACAUUUAUCUUUUAAGAACUACAAGUCUUUCUAUCCAUGGAUCGCUUUAACACAAUGUUAAUAAUGUUAAUGCUAUCUUGUUGAUUUAUUGUUAUAAUAAACAAAUACAGUAGUUAUGUACCGUAUGUUGAAUGUAUAUAUCCAUCUUGUGUCUUAUCUUUCCAUUCCAACAAUAAUUUACAAAAAAUAUGGCAUAUUUUAUAGAUGGUUUGAAUUGCGAUUAAUUACGAUUAGUUAAUUUUUAAGCUGUAAUUAACGAGUAAAAAUUUUAAUCGUUUAACAGCCCUAGUAUGAUUUCGAAAUCAAAUUAGAGGUAUUGCCUCCUCGGCAGCCACCCUCCGCAAACACAUUUUACAUGUCGGUUGACCCUCCUCUAAGCCGCGGCCGUCUGUAACUUUUCUGUUGCUGAAGUAUUCCCAUACCAGCGAUUUCGUUUUCUUCGAUUUGGCGGGGGGGUUCAGGAGUUUCACCUCCUCCAGCCAUCGUUUAGCAAAGCUGACUCAGUGACACUGAGCAACAAUCGGUGGGGGAGGGCUGAGCCAUGCAGCUGCAAGCAAGGAAUCUCUCGAUGCAUUUUUGAGACAAAAAAAAAAAGAAUAGCUUACACCUUACGGAUGAUAUGAUGGAAAAUGUUUGCGGUUUUGAAACCUUGAUGUUUUCAUACCACGGUAUACCUUGAAACUGGUCAUCGACACAUGUCUAUUCAGCAUUUAAAGAUAAAAGCCGAAAUUUAGCAGAUUUAGGAGUUUUUUUGUUUUUUAACCUGCCUGUACAGCUGUUUGACACGGAGAAUGGAAGUCUAAGUGUCCGGUUGCUCUGAACAGUUUUAAUGUUUUACAUUGAGAGUAUGACAUAUUCCCAUUGUGAUCAUUCAACAUACUUCGUUUAUUACGACAAAGCAGUGAACAGAGAGGGGUUAUGGGAGAACAGAAGAAAAGAAACACAACAACAAGAAAUACAUUGAACGCCUACACUAACUAUGAAUAUGUUGGUACUAUCGUCAGGUGGAUAUAUUUCCGGUUGACACCAUGUGGGAGCCUGUUUACCAGGGAA